UCUGAAAAUGAGAUCGCCACUUUAGCAGACGCGGCCAGAAAGACGAGAUGAACGAUUAACGAUAUGAAGUUUGAAAUUCCUGCCUCUUUUUGAAUUAUUUGGGUGGAUUGUUUGUUUUAUGUUGGAAAAUGAAUUUCGAUUCGCUUGCAAAAAAACGAAUUCGCGAAGCUAAGAAAAAAGCCAGACCCGAACUCCAUUCCAGUGCAGUUUGGGUAGAACAAGGCUUUCACAAAAACUUCAAGCCUUUCACUGUGUUUACUGACAAUGUAGAGAGAAUCAGUGUUGACAAAAUCAGCCCCCAGGAAUUUAUUGAACGCUUUGAAAGGCCCUAUCUACCAGUUGUUAUUUUAGAUGCUCAAAGAGAAUGGAUGGCAAAUUAUAAGUGGACAAUUCAGAGACUGGCCAAGAAGUAUCGCAACCAAAAGUUUAAGUGUGGUGAAGACAAUGAAGGUUAUUCGGUAAAGAUGAAGAUGAAGUAUUACACCCACUACAUGCAAACCACCACAGAUGACAGCCCAUUGUAUAUAUUUGAUAGCAGCUAUGGUGAUCACCCAAGGAGAAAACGAUUGCUGGAAGACUAUGACGUGCCUGUCUACUUUAGAGACGAUUUGUUUAAAUACGCUGGAGAGGAAAAGAGGCCUCCGUAUAGAUGGAUUGUCAUUGGACCAGAAAGAUCCGGAACUGGGAUACACAUUGACCCUCUCGGUACUAGUGCGUGGAACGCUUUGGUCUUCGGCCAUAAACGGUGGUGCUUAUUCCCUACGCAUACUCCACGCGAAUUGAUUAAACUGACUUCUCAAGAGGGAGGAAAACAACAGGAUGAAGCAAUAACCUGGUUUAAAAUUAUAUAUCCUCGGACACAAAGCCCUAACUGGCCAGCUGAAUUCAAACCACUCGAAAUUUUGCAAAAGCCUGGUGAAACAGUCUUCGUUCCCGGAGGCUGGUGGCAUGUCGUGUUAAAUCUAGACACAACUGUUGCCAUCACUCAAAACUUUUGCUCUCGCACAAAUUUUCCAGUCGUGUGGCAUAAAACGGUUCGUGGAAGGCCCAAGUUUUCUCGCAAGUGGUACAAAACUUUAAAAAUUCACGAACCUGAGCUUGCGAUUGUCGCUGAUAAUGUCAAUCUAAAAUCACACACUGGUGUUGCUUCCGAUAGCUCGUCAGACAGUUCCAGUUCUAGCUCCAGUUCCUCUGAUUCCGAUUCAAGUGAUGAAGAAACCAGCAUGGAUCGAAAAAGCAAACGCGAAGAAAAUGGAAGUAGUAUGACGGCAGUGCACAAAAAGAAAAGGAGAAAAUUAACUCGUACUCCGCCGCGGGUGAUGAACUCAUAAUGCCAAUAGCGACAUUGGACACGAUCAUUGAUUCAAGAGAGCUUCAUCUAGACAAAUGAUUAAUUACAAUUUUCUUGAUAUCCUCUCGAUUUGGUCGAACCUGCCGUUCAAAAUUUCCCUUUUAUUAUUCCCCUUGUACUGUAUCUCAGCAAAACUUUAUUGAUUCGUGAUGAUAAACAAUUUUUGCUUCUUUCUUGUAGUUCUAGGAAAAUCUCUGAAUUGGUGUUUUUUUCCACUUUUGUUUAACAGAUGCCUUGCAUACUGUACCUUGUAUCAAGUGUUCAGUGCCUCUCGCCAAUAAAAUUUCACACAUAUA